CAGGUGCCUACGGGAGAGGAGCGAAGACGACUGGCGGAGGAACAGCAGCAGCGAACGCGUCAGAUUGAAGCUCAAGAGGCAGCGGACCGACGCCGUGCUGCUGGUUUGAUGGGUGGACGCAACCCUCAACAGCAACUGGAUGAAUUGCGUCGCAGCCUCACCUUGCGCCUGCCUCAUGAGGAGUUCUUCCGCCGCUUGUUGGCGCUCGCCAGAACCAAGAUUAAGCGUCAAAGAGAGCUCCAGGACUACUUCUACAACGCUAAGGUCACUGCGCAUGUCGUGUUGUGGAUUCUGAUGGCCCUGUUCUGUGCGAGUCUUACUGGCCUAGUCCUCCUCAAGACCUCCUCCAAGGCUGCCGCGUCCGUGGCUCAACAACAAACAGAACAAGCGCAUCACCCUACGAGCACGACCAAGAAGCCAUCUCUCCUUGCAUGGGCCCUGCUUGGAGCACUAUCUGCUGCCUCCUUGGUUGGUGUCAUCGUCGCGAUCGUCGGUUUGUCGGGAGCUUCUUCGAAGCGUG